GGGACCCCAGCGGGAUGGCGGGCGCUGGCCUCGCCUCCCCGAGUCCCCGCCGGGACAGCGGCGGAUCCAUAGACUGCCCGGGAGAGCCGAAUGCGCUCGCGUCCGUUGGUGGCGGGGUGGGAUUGGGUUAAGCUCUGGUCGCCCGGAGUUGGGCAGGUGUAUAGAUGGACUGGCGCCGCACCGCUUGCGGGGCCGCCGGCGACUCCCCUCGGGGGGUUACUGCCCGGGCAGCCCCCGCGGGAGGGCUCGGCGCUGCGGGAGAGUUCCGGCCGGCGCGCGUUCCGGGCUGCAGCCCAGAAGUUUACAGGCUGUGUUCGAGUUAACUUUGAGUGCGCACCGGUCCCCCUUCCUCUUCCCCGCCACCCGGAGUGCCCGUUGCGGCUCGGCCCCGCAAGCUCCUGGACGGUCCUCGGAGGGAGGCAGGGCCGAGGGAAAUUUCAUUGUGGACUCACCGAUUUGUAGAUACUGAGGCGCAAUUGGAGCUAAUCCACAUCAUGGACAUGGAAACCACCGACCCUGAGCCAGACUGUGUAGUACAGCCUCCUUCUCCUCCUGAUGACUUUUCAUGCCAAAUGAGAAUUUCUGAGAAGAUCACUCCAUUGAAAACUUGUUUUAAGAAAAAGCAGGAACAGAAAAGAUUGGGAACUGGAACAUUGAGAUCCUUAAGGCCAAUAUUAAAUACUUUGCUAGAAUCUGGGUCGCUUGACGGAGUUUUUAGAGCCAGAGACCAAAAUGGAGAUGAGAGCAGCUUACAUGAACAUAUAGUGAAAAAACCUCUGGAUAUCAACCCAGCAUGCCCACCAGCAGAAAACAGUAUGCCUGUCCUGAUUCCUGAUGGGACAAAUGUUGAGGGCCAAUUACCAGAAGCUCAUCCUUCUACUGAUGCUCCAGAACAGGUGGUUCCAAUCCAGGAUCACAGUUUUCCACCAGAAACCAUCAAUGGCACAGUAGCAGAUUCUACAACAGGACACUUCCAAACUGACCUUUUGCAUCCUGUUUCAGGUGAUGUUCCUACAAGUCCUGACUGCAUAGAUAAAGUUAUGGAUUAUGUGCCAGGAGCUUUCCAAGACAAUAGUUUUACAAUCCAAUACAUUUUGGAUACCAGUGACAAGUUGAGUACUGAGCUCUUCCAAGACAAAAGUGAGGAAGCUUCCCUUGACCUUGUGUUUGAGCUUGUAAACCAGCUACAGUACCAUACUCACCAAGAGACUGGAAUUGAAAUUUGUAUGGACUUUCUGCAAGGCACUUGCAUUUAUGGCAGGGAUUGUUUGAAACAUCACACCGUAUUGCCCUAUCAUUGGCAGAUCAAAAGGACAACCACUCAAAAGUGGCAGAGUGUUUCCAAUGAUUCUCAGGAGCACUUGGAAAGAUUUUAUUGUAAUCCAGAAAAUGAUAGAAUGAGAAUGAAGUAUGGAGGUCAAGACUUUUGGGCAGAUUUGAAUGCCAUGACUGUAUUUGAAACAACUGAAUUUGACCAACUACGAAGGCUGUCUACACCACCUUGUAGUAGUACAAACUCUAUUUACCACACAUUUUGGAAAUUCUUCUGUAGAGACCACUUUGGAUGGAGAGAGUAUCCUGAGUCUGUUGUUCGACUAAUUGAAGAAGCCAACUCUCGGGGUCUGAAAGAAGUUAGAUUUAUGAUGUGGAACAACCAUUACAUCCUCCACAACUCAUUCUUCCGGAGAGAAAUAAAACGGAGACCCCUUUUUCGUUCCUGUUUCAUACUGAUUCCAUAUUUACAGACACUUGGUGGGGUUCCCACUCAGGCUUCUCUGCCUCUUGAAGCAACUUCAUCACAAAUCAUCUGUCCAGAUGGAGUAACUUCAGCAAACUUUUACCCUGAAACAUGGGUUUAUAUGCAUCCAUCUCAGGACUUCAUCCAAGUGCCUGUUUCUGCAGAGGAUAAAAGUUAUCGAAUCAUUUACAACCUUUUUCAUAAAACUGUACCUGAAUUUAAAUACAGAAUUUUACAAAUAUUGAGAGUCCAAAACCAAUUUCUUUGGGAGAAAUAUAAAAGGAAAAAAGAGUAUAUGAAUAGAAAAAUGUCUGGCCGUGACAGAAUAAUAAAUGAGAGACACUUAUUUCAUGGAACAUCACAAGAUGUGGUAGAUGGAAUUUGCAAGCACAACUUUGACCCUCGUGUCUGUGGAAAGCAUGCUACAAUGUUUGGACAAGGCAGUUACUUCGCGAAGAAGGCAAGCUACUCUCAUAACUUUUCUAAGAAGUCCUCCAAAGGAGUCCAUUUCAUGUUUUUGGCCAAAGUGUUAACUGGCAGAUACACAAUGGGCAGUCAUGGCAUGAGAAGGCCCCCUCCGGUCAACCCAGGCAGUGUCACCAGUGACUUGUAUGACUCUUGUGUGGAUAAUUUUUUUGAGCCUCAGAUUUUUGUCAUUUUUAAUGAUGACCAGAGUUACCCUUAUUUUGUUAUCCAAUAUGAAGAAGUCAGUAACACUGUUUCCAUUUGAAAUCUUGGUACUACUAAGUUAUUUGAUAUGAACUCAAUCCAGCAUUUGUAGCAGGUUUGGGUGGGGCUGGGAGGGAAACAGCAUAUGACAGAAAUUGGAUACUUUUCAGACCCAAUUUUUUAAUAAGUGCUAGAAAGUAAUUUUUUAAAAGAAAAAAAAGGGGUUUUAAAAUGGCCACUUAUUAUUUAAUUGUUUACUAAUUAUUAGUGUACUUGGUGUGGAAAAGACUAAAGUGCAUAUUCUUCAUUCACACUUGUACAUAUAGUCAGCAGCAAUAUUAGUAGAAGUAUUUGGAGAAAAAUCAAAAACUGACUAGCCUAAUUAAAUGUCGCUUGGGUCUGGUAGAAGUUUGGUCAAAACAAAUAGAGGCUGCGAGCAAAGUGAGGAUUCUGUUUACUUAACAUUGAUAAAACCACCUGGAACUGAUACUACCAUGCUUAUUACCUAUCCAAAGCAUUAUGUAUUGUACUUUGGGGUAGAAUACAUUCGUGUAAUUCUAAUAGGUGGGAAGAAAUUUUCAUUCUGUGAUCAGGACUGAAAUAUAUCACCCACUCAAACCUCUAGAAUUUUCCUGAGAACUCAGGGUCUGUUCAGAGGAAGUAAAAUAAUAAUAAAGAACCCAUUUGGGGAAAAAAAUGUCACCAGCAGAAUUCCCUGGUUGUGAAGUGUGAUACAUGUGUUAAAAUUAGCCAUGAAAAACUCAGCCUCUUUCAUUGUUGCCUACCAUCGUUUCAGAGUUGGGCACCUAGGUUGGUUAAAGCCAGUCUUAAGGGUUAAAAGUAUUUCUUUUGGGAUUCCAGACCUACCCUUGGGCUGGUAUUAGAUAAUAGAAGACAUCUACAACCAAAGUGGAGAGGUUGAGAACUGUGCCUGGCACAAAACAGACUCUUAGCCAUAUCUGCUGAGUUGAAUUGUUAAAGACAACAAGCUCACCCCAUGCCUGCUUUGCCAGAUGCACUAGAUUUCUUGGCUGACUCUGUACCUUACACUACUUACUUUAAUAGAAACACAGACUUGGAAAUUGUGCCACUGGCCCAGCAAAAGCACUGUUGGGUGAAUGUUCUGUUGCCUCAAUUCAGAGCAGUAGUAAGUACUUGUAAGCAAAGCAAAAGCCUGAGUAAAGUGAAAAGUGGUUGUUGAUAAAAUAAACCACAGAAGUCCUUCAGAUACCAAGCUCUCCUUGUAUGUUUGUGGUUAUCUCAUUUACCCAAACUUUACAGGAACUUCUUUGUUAUUUAAAGCAAGAUAUAGCUGUACAGAUGUCUCAGUGAAUCGGUCUGUUUAAGCACUUAUCAGGGCUUCCACACAGUUAUUUAUUUUGCUCCAGUUGAUCCUGUUGUUUGCUGCCAUUGGCAGGAGGAAAUGGGCAACUGUAGCAAUCAUUCAUUCAGUUAUAACUUGUAAACCAGUGAUCCCCAAUCGUUUUCAAGUUAGACAUGUUACCAUUGCUUGUUUGAUUUUAUGGAACUUGUUCCUUUUUUUCUCCCUAAAGGAAACAAAAGCUUUAUGACAUAUUUAUUUUUUUAAUAAAACUAAGCAAAAAUAAAAGUUAAUUCUUUAAAA